AAUCCUGAAGCAGAAGCCAAUGACUAAUUUUCUGAAUGAAACCAUAUCCUUGUGGUUUUUCAUUCCCAUGCUAGCAUUCUUCAUGCUACUGGCCUUUCCCGCCAUAUUCAAUCUUCUUCUAUCCAAACUCAAUUCCAAAUCAGCAAAAAACUUACCACCAUCUCCUCCAAAGCUUCCAAUAAUAGGAAACCUACACCAACUUGGCAACCACACUCACUACACUCUCCAAUCCUUUGCUCAAACCCAUGGCCCUUUAAUGUUGCUUCAUUUAGGGAAGGUUCCAGUUCUUGUCGUCUCAAAUACUGAAGCAGCACGUGAGGUUCUGAAAACCCAAGAACACAUAUUCUGCAACAGACCACACCGUAAGAUGUCUGAUAUCAUCGUAUAUGAUUCCAAAGAUGUGGCAUCUGCUCCAUAUGGCAAAUACUGGAGGCAGAUAAGGAGUAUUUGUGUCUUGCAUAUUCUCAGUGCGAAAAAGGUUCAAUCCUUUGGUGCAGUGAGAGAAGAGGAAAUCUCGAUAAUGAUGAAAGAGAUUAAGCAGUGUUGUUCUUCUGCGAUGCCUGUGAAUUUAAGUGAUUUAUUUUCUACAGUCACGAAUGACAUAGUGUGUAGAGCUGCUCUCGGAAGGAGAUACAGCGGUGAAGGAGGGAGAAAGCUCUGGGAGCCAUUGAAUGAAAUGAUGGAGCUGUUGGGUGCGCCCUUCAUAGGGGAUUACAUACCUUGGCUUGAUUGGGUUGGAAGAGUUAAUGGAAUGUAUGGUAGAGCAAAGAGAGUGGCUAAAGAGCUUGAUGAACUUUUUGAUGAAAUUGUUGAUGAGCAUGUCAAUAGAAGAGGGCAUGCUGUGCAUGGUGAUGAUGAUGAUGAUGAUGAUGAAGAGGAGAAUGAUUUGGUGGACAUUUUGUUGAGGAUCCAAGAGAAAAAUACUAUGGGGUUUCAGAUUGAUAGAACAACCAUAAAAGCUUUGAUCCUGGUAUGUAAGAUUACAACAAUGUAG